AGAGACUGUAUAUAAAGGCCGGAUGUGCUGCUCUUUUCAGAGCACUGAUCAGGGCUAGUGACUGACUGACGCUGCUGCAAAAACUCUACAGUCAGCUAAAUACAAACAGGUAAUAGAUACAGAGACAGUGUAACAGCAUGGCCACUGCAGCUGAAAAAGACACAGUAUGGAUCGGGUUCAUGGACAUCGUUCCAGUCAUCGGGACGGUAAAAGAGGCAGUGGAGCUGGUGCUGGCUCUGUAUGAAGGGAAUAAAGCAGUGAUAAAGGAGAAAGAGAAGGCCAUUGAAAACAUUCUGAAAGAGUCAUUAAAAAAACAUGAGAAGGAAAACUAUGUGAAAAAGUUGACUCUAGCUGAUAAACCAGCAGCAGCUGCAGAUGAAUUUUCUGGACUCAGAAAUGUGAGAGAGGUCAGAAAGGAAAUGAUUAUUGAGUAUAUGGCCAAAGGUUCCAAAAAGGGAACAAAACCUCCAACUUCAGCUGAGCAGAAAGAGAGACAGAAAAGAGUGGAGGCCAUUCAGAAAGACAUGUUAGAAAAGAUCCGUAUCAUCAAUCCAAACUUCAAUGAGGAGCUGAAGGAUGAACUGCGAAGGCCAAAAAGAGGGGAACAUGUCUUCAACAAUGACAUUCUUAAAUUUCAUUCCAAGGUGCUGACUGAGUUUAUACAAAGAUAUAGUAUUGCUAAUCGACGAGGAUAUAAUCAGCAGGCAAUGAAUGAAUUAGGCAGACACACACUUCCCCAAAAAACAGCAACAGAAAUUCAGACAAACAUGGUGGUUCACUUUGGUGAGGAUGAAUUCUACGUGAAUGCGAAUGCAGUGAUGUAUGGUGAAUAUUGCAGAGCACUGCGUGGUGCUUUGUUAGAUGUGCUGGGCAACAUAAACCCAGGUGACGUGGCAGAUGAGGAGAGACAACGGGUGAAUGAUGUCAUAGAUAAUAUGAAUAACCUUGCAAUCUAUGUGGACCAUCUGGCAAAGGUCAGGUGGAUUGGCAAUAAUGAGACUAGACGGGCCCGGUUUGAACAGGUAAGACGGGAAGUUGCGAACAUGUAUAACACAGAUCGUGGGUUUGAGUGGUGCAUUCGCAUUCUGAAUCAAGUUAGGACCUUUGUUUGAACAUAGACAGUGAGUUUAUUUCUCCUGUUCAGGGUUGCCAGGUUUCCUUUCAAAAUUUCCAGCUCAACUAUAUCCUAAAUCCCACACACCUGAAAUUUGCUUAAAAAGUUUGAUCACUGGAAGAAACAGACACCAGUUUUUUCUUUCCAAACAAAAGUUCACUGUGGUGCACACACAUUUGUAUAUCUGCAAUAUUUCCAACACACUUAGUGUUAGCGUUUUGUCAUCCAUUGCCUGUUAUGACUGUUAUCCUCUACAUAAUCUGUUUUUCCUCUUCCAACCUGUUCAGAAAUGGCACCGUACUCAGAUCUUGGCUUUUUUUUUUUUUUUUUUUUUUUACUUUCCCACAACCCCAAAAGGACUUGCCUUUUCUACCACAGCCUUGUUCCGAAACUGAAAAAUCUGACUUUGGCAACCCUGCUCCUCAAAAUGAUCCAUUUUACUC